AUGGCAGAACCUUUCAGCGCUCUGACUGGCGCCUUACAAGUCGCCGAUUCCGGCGCGAGUCUCUGCAGCACUCUCUACAAACAUGCUCAAGAUGUCAAGUCUGUCAAAGGCGACAUAUACGCAUUAACCGAAGACAUCAAGCUGGUAGAAUCCCCCCUCAAACAGACUGCUGAGUUCCUCGAGCUUGAGGCAGCAUCCACAAUUUUCGACGACGAAGGCCGAGCUGUAGCGUAUCGAGCAGUCGACCAAUGCCGCAACAUCUUCAUCCAGAUUCGAGACACGAUCCAGGCAUAUUACAAGACAGAUGCCAAUGGACAGACAGUCUUCUCGACAUUGGAGCAGUUCAGGCAUCCAUUCGAAGCUGACAGGCUACUGGCAUUGAGGCAGCGUCUGGAGUGGCCCAAGAACACAUUACGCGAAGAAUCGAGGAAGCAAAAGAUCUGA